AUGAUACCAGGAACACUGUGGAUUAUUACAAUGGCUGGGAUAUUCUUAGGUAUUCAAAGUACAGGUAUUGAGCUUGUCCUACAAGCUAAAGAGGACAAUAACCAGUCUGAUUCCCAUCGAUUACUCCCAUUGGCCAAGAGCCUAAGUCUGUCAUUUCUACAGUUUUGGAAUUCAACACCACCCGAACGACUUGGUUGUUGGGACUAUGUAUCUGCUCCCAUGGUUUUUACUCUUACAGGGGUGCCAUCUUUCACCACGGAUGCUCUGGUCCAUGGAAGAAUAGAUGGAGUCAUACUAGGGAAGCACCUUUCUGUUGGUAAUGGCUCUGAAAUAAUAUUAAGUGAACUGCUGAGGAGCUGCUACUCAGGCAGCAUGGAGGAGGGUCACUCUGAGACUCCUCUGAGAGGUUUUCAAUAGAUUACGAAUCCAUCAUUGCUUCAAGAGAAGGUAGCAGAAGCACUUCAAACUCAUCGACAACAGGGGGGCACUGUGGUGGAGAGUCUUAUAGAAGACGGAAUUAAAGAAUUUGUUCUACGAUAUAUGGGUAAGUACAACAGCAUUUUAGUGCCUUGUUAA